GGGCUUGACUCAAAUAUUCAUAUAAGACUCGGGCCGGAUCAUAUCCACAUCCACUUUCGGAUCCUGGACCAGGGCCCAUUUUAUGUAAAGAGACCCGGUUUGAGGGGUGUCUCCACCAAUUCGGAUUCGGAUCUUUAAUGGGGCAUGAAAUUGAAAAUUGAAAAUUGAAAUCCGCCCCCAAAAGCUAACUGAACACAAAGAUUUAACACCGCCGGCGAACACGCCGGUAAAUUUCAAUGGAAACCCAUUCCCGCUCCAUCCGAGUGCUUGUUCGCCCUCCUCCGAACCCCUCCCACCCCCUUCCUCCACAACCCCCUCCACCGCCGCCGCCGCCGCUUCCGCCCCCCGCCGACCCAUACUCCACCCCGAAGAACGGCGUCGUCGUUGUCGGAUUCAUUGGGAAGCGCCACCACGACGUGGCCCACCUCAUGAAUAAAAUCAUCGAUUCCAGAGUCUUCGGCUCCGGUAAUUUAGACACCCCGUUCCGCUUCGAACCCGACAAAAUCAACCCGGAUAUGGGUAAGUGGCUCCAGAGCAGGAAAUUGAGCUUUUAUCACGACGUAGACCAGGGGAUUUUGUACUUGCAGUUUUCCUCGGCCGGUUGCCCGGUUGCCGGUGAGGGACCGUCGGAAACCCGGUUCGGGUUUGAGUCCGUUUUCGACGACCAGGAGUUUGGGGAUCUGAAGGGAUUGAUCUUUAUGUUCUCUGUCUGUCACAUCAUUCUACUAAUUCAAGAGGGGUCAAGAUUCGACACGCAAAUCUUGAAAAAGUUCCGUAUAUUGCAAUCUGCUAAACACGCCAUGUCUCCAUUCACAAGAUCACAAAAUCCGCCACCUGUCACAUCAAGGCCACCAUCUUCAGCUCAUUCACAAACUUCACACAACAACCCUUCUCCUGGUAAAAGCCGAGCGAUUCUGAAUCGCAACACUGCUUCAUCAAUUAAGACAAUGUCGGGUGUAGGCUCUUCCUACACCUCUUUGUUACCUGGUCAAUGCACACCGGUUGUACUCUUCGUUUUUCUAGACGAUUUCACCGAGAUUAAGAUGGAAGAUUCUACAGAGGCCUCUUCAUUAAAUACAAAAGGAUCUGGUUCGGUCGUUGUGCUUGCACGGCCUGUGAACAAACCCGAAACUUCACCGAGGAAGAAAUUGCAAUCAUCCCUCGAGGCGCAAAUUCGUUUCUCUAUAAAGAAAUGCCGAACGCUUUCGGUUUUUGAGAGCAGCAGCCAUUCUGGAUCGAGGGGUGCCCCCCCUCUUUUUUCUCUUGAUUCAUCAAAAGCUGUUUUGCUCAUAGAUGCUUGUUCGAUUCAGAGUGGUGAAUCUCUUGAAUUCGCCAUUGGUCUUGUGCGAGAAGUAUUGGAUGGGAAAGCGACCCCAGAUUCUCUUUUGCUCGAAAGCCAUCAGCAAAAUACGAAGAAAGAGGAUGUUUUAUCUGUGAAGGAGUUCAUCUAUAGGCAGUGUGAUCUUAUCAGAGGGAGAGGCGGGGUGGUUGCCGCCGGCGUUGGCAUGGUGGCCGCUGCUGCCGCUGCCGCUGCCGCUUCCACCUCAGCUGCCUCCGGAAAGAUGACGACUGUCCCUGAACUCCCAACUGUGGGUAGCUGGGCUUCUACUUCUCAGCUAAUUCUUCAUGGAAUUCUUUCUUCAAAACGUUCACAUGAAAACGAACAGGAUAUUAUUUCACAAUCAGGAGAAAACUUUGAAUAUGCGGUAUCUCAUCUCGAAAAUGGUAUUGGAUUAAACACUAGAUUUUCAACCUCGUGGUGUGAAAAAGCGUUUCCGAUUGCGAAGGAGGUGUAUUUAGACGGUCUCCCUCCUUGCUAUCCAAGUUCUCAACAUGAAGACCAUUUAAGGAAAGCUUUACACACCCUUACCUCAUCGGCGAAGGGACCCGCGCUGCAAAUUUAUGUGAAAAAACUGAAGGAUGAAUGCACUUCGAUCUGGCUGUCCGAAAGGCAACUGUGUGAUGCUGUUAGUCUGACUGGAAAACCUUGCAUGCAUCAAAGGCAUGACAUUGAGAUAAAAUCUCAUUCGAGCGGAUUCGUAUACCUCCAUGCUUGUGCGUGUGGCCGUUCGAGGCAACUCAGACCAGACCCGUUUGACUAUGAAACAGCAAAUGUCGCGUGUAAUAAUCUUGCUGAUUGUGAUAAGCUACUUCCUGCUGUGAAAUUGCCACAUGGAAGCACCGUGGGACCCGUUCAACCUUCGUCGUGGAAUUUGAUCCGUGUUGGAGGUGCAAGGUACUAUGACCCUUCAAAGGGUUUGCUCCAGAGUGGAUUUUGUGCAACUCAGAAGUUUCUUCUUAAGUGGACCGUAUUUCUUGAUGAGCCAAAUGAAUCUAUACAUUUGUUAAAUAGAAGAAACAUUGGGGUUAUUGAAAAUACUGUAAAUACGGACAGUAAGAUUGAUGCUUUACAGAAUGGACCUAAGAUACAAAUAAAGCUCUCUUCGGAUACAAAUGGGAACAGUAAUAAAAAUGUAAGUUUAGGUAAAGGGUUACCUAAUUUUACAAUGAGAAAACCGUUUUCUGAAGUUGUUGCCGGACCCGCUGCUGUUAACUCGGGUUUUCCUCCACUCUUAUCUCGAAAACAACCUAUACAAGAUACUGAAAAGGGUUUUAAACUACAUGCACGUAGUAAAGCUGUGGACAAAUUUGGUGAAGAUAUUGCCUUAACUGACGAAGCAGUGAAUAAUGGCAACAAAUCUGGCGACGAUUUUCCACCUAUUGGCAGCAAAGAAUUUCUUAUGAGCAUGAACGGUGAUGAACAUGUUAAGGCUGCCAAUUCAGUGAAGAGUGUAGUGAUAUACGUGGGAUUUGAAUAUGAGUGUCCGCAUGGCCACAGAUUCAUAUUAACUCCGGAUCAUCUUAAUGAACUUGGUUCUUCUUACUCAGUUCCCGAAGAGAAUUCUGUACCUUUUCCAGCGGAGAAUUUCGACAAAAAACAAGAUCUCGCAAAAUUGGGUAAAUUUGGCGACCAUGGUAGAACCAGGCGGCAAUCGAAUGGGAUAAUUAUGGGUGGCGGCAAAAACCUGGACAGGUCGAAAGAGAAAGCGGCCAAUGGAAACACGAAUAAAUUUAUGCAAUCAAGCAGGCAUGGGAAGGAAAUUGAUCCUGAGCAAAAACCUACUACUGUUGACGAUGGUGGUUUUGCUUUCUCGUUACUGUCCAGAAAUUUGCCGAUAUAUAUGAACUGUCCACAUUGUAGGAACUCCGUGACCAAGAAUGGUGCAUCUAAUACUAAAUUCGCCGGCACAAUUUCACAGCUGCAGAGGAUCUUUGUGGUUACGCCUUCAUUUCCUAUCAUGUUGUCUGCAGACCCGAUAGUCCAAUUUGAGCCGUCAUGUCUACAUCCCAACAUUCUCGAUCGUGAAAAAAAGCUGCAAUUCAGCUUGGGUUGUCCGGUGAUUCUUCCACCGGAGAGUUUUCUCUCUCUAAGACUCCCUUUUGUUUACGGUGUGGAAUUGGAAGAUGGCAGUCAACAUUCUCUUAAGCCUUUCGAAAAUCAACCACAACUCACUGCCUGUAUUAAGAAAGGAACGACAUUGAAGAUUGUGUCGAAUAGAAACAGUCUCGAUCCAGCUUCAGUCACGUAGUUAAAAAAUUAAAAAAAACUUCUGCUAUUUGCUAUAUUCACGAUUCACUUCUCUUUGGGGUUUUUCUUUAUGCUUAUGAAGUCGAGAGCUACCCUAUGAAUCAGUUUUUCGAUUUUGUGCACAGGGAUACGAAGGUGUAAACUUUUAUCGACGCCAUGCUUUUCCGUCUUUCCUUGAAGUAUCUACGGUCAAAGCUACAAAGGAAAUAUGUAGCCUGUGGUUUUUCGGAGACAUAAUUUCGACAGGGGCUCGUCUAAGAACACAGCUCUAUUGUUUUAAGUUUCCUCAUCAAAGCUUCUAUUUAAGGGCUGCCGGCAUAUAAUUGUGGAGGAUCGUAAUAAACUCGCCAUGUUAACACAGGAGUUGUGCUAAUUCGAAAUAAAACGUUGCUCGGGUAUUUGUGGGAGGAAGAAGAAUCUUGUAGAGCAACGGCCAGGAUUCAAGUAUGGACGUGUAUCAAAAUUUUAUUACAAACACCUCUCAACAUGUAUCAUGUAUGUAUUUAAUAAUACCAAUUACAUUUACUUGAAUCUAAAAAAAAAACCAAAUCUCAUGCUGUAUUUAUAAAUUCUUUGUGGAGUAUUUUUAAUUUGAAUUAGUUGUUUUUUUAUUUAAAAAUUAAUUAGACUAGAUCUCAUUUUUAUUGUUAGUUGUAUUUUUAUUACAUUUGGUACCAUAAAUUUAUUUUGAACUUUCAAUUAAUUAGGCACGAUCCAUACGUGAGCCUAGUUGUGGCUCAA